AGAUAGAGUCUGAGAGAGAGAGCGAGAGAGAGAGAGAGAGACGAGAGGAAGAACUUCAGGGAAAACAGCCGCCCAACUACCAAGUGCUAUUUUUAAGAACUGUCCUGAACUUAAACGCAGACUGAGCUAGAUUUUGAACAUAGCAGCUUGGAUCAAAAGCAAACAGCGAUAUUAAAAAAAACAAUGAGUUAUUUUGUGAACUACUGAGCCAUGAGCGUCCCCAUCACGUUUACUUUUCUCAUCCUGUGUGCGGUCAAAGUCCAGUGCCUUCAGGAGAGUCCUGCAUGUCCUCGGAAAGAAUCGUAUCCUGGUGUGUUGGCCUUAAACGUGGGGUCAGAGGUCCUUCUGGGCUGCAGGGGCGAUGUCACUGUGGAUAGCGUGCUAUUAAUAAUGGGUACAAAACACAAAGAGAGACUCAAGAGAAGAGGAGAUGUACCUGUAACUAGUACUGAUACUCUUGAAAAACGCUAUUCAGAAACUGAGAACUUUACCACACCUGGAACAUACAAAACUAGUACUGCAACUAGAAGAGUUAAAGUCAGUGAAUCUGUAACCGAUGCUAAUCCGGUUAUGAUCUCAACAAAGGAGAACAUGGAGGGUGGGCAAGUUUUACAGCCUGUCAAUCAAUUCACUAACCCCAACAUUGUGGGCAGAGUAACAGAAGAAGGAGGGGCUUUUAGCAUAACCAUGGAAAUGGGGUUGAGCUCUGAGAGGAGCACCAGCACAGAAUAUGAAGAAGAUGAGGACUACGAUGAGUAUGUGGAGGGAGUGAGAGUGACCAGGUCCAUUAAGAGGCAGGCACAAUGGAGGUGGAAUGGUCAGCUCAUGCGGGACGGUGUGGAACAUGGCGGGGCUUUAAGGCUUCCUGCUCUUCGGUUGACUGACUCAGGGAACUACAGCUGCUAUAGGAGAGGCAAACUAGUUUCAUCAGUUAAAAUCAGUGUUGGCAUACCUCCAGAGAAGCCUGCCUUGUCAUGCUACAAAAAAUCUCACAUCAGCAAAAUCCGGUGUGAGUGGGUAUCAAAACAGCCUAUCAUCCCACAUCCUCAGUGUUACCUGCUCCACCUGAAAGGUUGGGAGAAGAUAUCCAGUGUGAAUUGUUCAUACUCUGCUAAGUACUCCCGCUGCUGGUGUAUAUUACCCAGUAAUAAAGAGAUUGACAGAAAUUUAUAUUCAGUCAAACUGUGUGUGACCAACACAGCAGGCAAUGCUACCAGCUCUCCAUACAACUACAUUCCUCAAAACAUCAUUAAGCCAGAUCCUCCAUCUCGAUUUGCUGUAAAUGCAGUCAAGGGUGAGCCUCACACACUAAAGGUCUCCUGGUCUUUACCUACCACCUGGAAGGAGAGCCUUUUCUACAGCCUUCAUUUCCAACUGAGAUAUCGUCCUAAACAUGCCAAAGAGUAUCAGACUGUGGUCUUAAAAGACGGAGAGCUCUCUUGGUUGAUUUCAGACGCUCUGCCACAUGUUGAGUACGAGGUGCAGAUUCAAGCAAAAGACGAGUUUGACGGGCAUUGGAGUGACUGGUCCAGUCCAGUGCGUGCAUGCACGUGGAGAGCUUCUACUACAGAUGCUCCUGACAUUAAUACUAGCCUGGAGCCGUUUUGGAUAUUCCCUGAAGGUUCUGGGUUGUCAGAAGAUGAAGAGGAGGUUAGACCUGCUAAUGACAAUGAUGGUGUAAUAUGGGUGUAUGUACUGUGGGUGUUGGGAUUCUCUCUCCUUAUCACCAUCAUUACUCUCUCAAUCUACGGUCUCAGACGGAGAACGCCAUUCAUGUCUAAAAAGAGCAGGGAGAGUGUAUCUUCAGACUGCUCUUGUUCUUCUCCUUCUCCUCUCCUUCAGCAGCCCCUGAUCACUAUGAAUUUCAGCUAUCAGGAAAAGGAAGGGGACGGCAUCCAUUUGCACAAUGUUGAUUACUUUUUCUCUCCCUGUGAAUCUUAUAGGCCUUAAGCAAACACGCUGUUACAGUGCAAGGCCAGUAUUCUCUAAAAACACAUUUGUCUUACAUCCAAUGACAUAAUUAUUAAUGCAGAUAAUUAAUGGUAUGUCUACACCUGAAUCAAAACCUACUUCUUUAGAAAUUUUAUCAGUAACAGCUGAAUGAUCUUAAAAAAAGCUGUUCUCUUAUGUACAUAUGCAUAUUUUUGUAGUUUUUGUUCCAGAACUGUAAUUUUUCAUUUGCUGUUUAGCUUAAUAAAGUUUGUAUUAUUUUUGUGAUCUAGAAAACA